UAUGGGAGGAGAAGGUGAUCUGCCAUCUUUUGCAAUCUUUUUUCUUUUAAUUCUAUCAAUUUUAUCUUUAAUGCGAGCUUGUGAUAAGGCAUAUUCAUCUAUUGGGAUUUUUCUAUUUUUAAGUGUUUCUUUUCUUUUUAAAUAUCCUUUUUUCUGUUUGGUUCUAGCAGAUAUUUUUUGUUCUAAAAUUUGGUCUUUUUGCUCAUUAUCUUUAUUCUCAUCUUCAUCUAUGCCUAGAACUUUUCUUCUCUUAAAACUUUCAACAUCUUCUGUCUUUCUCUUUACAGGGGUUAUACGAAUGGGUGGAGGGGAAGACGAAGAGCUUAAUGGCGCAUUUUGAGCUUCAAUUAUAGGAUUUAUCUCAGGAGGUAUUUUUUCAGGCUUCUCUUUAGGCUUCUCGUUAGUUCGCUUUUUUUUCUUAAUCUUAUUAGAUACUUUUUUAAUUUUCUUUUUAGAUAUACGAGAUAUUAUUUUAGAAGGUUUUGAGGGCGAAAUUUUUUCUUUAGAGGUUGAUGGUUGUGUUGGAGAAUUAUGUCUACUAAUGGGUACAGAGGGAGGAUGUGAGGAAGAAGGAAUAGAUGGUGAGGGGACAAUAUUAUAAGCAUGAACUGGAGGCUCUCUUGGGUACGCAGAAUAAGAAAAAUCAUCACUCAUCCAUAAAUCAUCAUCUUCGUCGUCUACAAUGUUUGAGGCAGGACGAGUAACUGAUGUAUUCAUAAUAGCUCCUUUAGGGUUAGCAACCAUUUGAACUUUGACUGGUCUAUUCGCACUCUCAUUUCUCAAUUGUAAAUAACGUCUUAGCUCCUGGUUGUAGUGUAUAUUUUUAUUCGA